AUGAAGAAACAAAAGAGGCAACCUCUGCAUCGUCGGAUGUUGUCACCGCCGCAUAAGAAGAUGAAGUUGGAUCCGUCUCCGUCGUGGUGUCCUUUAUUGUCGCUACCAGAUGAUAUGACUCUGAACUGCCUAGCUCGAGUCCCAAAAUCGGACCAUGGAGCCUUAUCACUCGCCACCAAGAGUUACCGGUCUCUAGUGGCUUCGUCUGAUCUCUACACAACGCGAUCACUGAUGGGUCUCACCGAAACGUACGUGACGUCUAUGUAUGCAUAA